CGGGCCGGGAUGGCGGAGGGGCCGGAGCUGCGCGAGCUGGAUUCGGACGGGAGCAGCGAGGAGCUGGUGCUGACCCCCGCCCAGCUCCUCCGCAGCCUGGAGCAGGCCUGGCUGAAUGAGAAGUUUGCCCCAGAGCUGCUGGAAAGCAAGUCUGAAAUCGUGGAAUGUGUCAUGGAGCAGCUGGACCACAUGGAGUCAAAUCUGAAACGAGCCAAGCACGGAGACCUGAAGGUCAGCAUCCACCGCAUGGAGAUUGAGAGGAUCCGCUAUGUCCUCAGCAGCUACUUGCGCUGCAGGCUUGUGAAGAUCGAGAAGUUUUUCCCCCAUAUCCUGGAGAAGGAGAAGUCCCGAGCGGAAGGAGAGCCUUCCGUCCUCUCUCCAGAGGAGUUUGCCUUUGCUAAAGAGUACAUGGCGAACACAGAAACCUACUUGAAAAACGUGGCCCUGAAACACAUGCCUCCCAAUCUGCAGAAAGUGGAUCUCCUGAGACUGGUUCCCAAACCCAACCUGGACUCCUUUGUAUUCCUGAGGGUGCAGGAGAGGCAGGAAAACAUAUUGGUGGAGCCAGAGACCGAUGAGCAGAGGGAAUAUGUGAUUGACCUGGAGGAGGGCUCACAGCAUCUGAUCAGAUACAAAACCAUUGCCCCCCUGGUGGCCUCGGGAGCAGUUCAGCUAAUUUAAGACACCACAAGACUUAAAGGGGCCAGGCAGGAGGCCCUGCAGUCUGGGGGGGCGAGUGCUGUGCACAGGACCACCUGAGAGCAUCGCUGUGCCAGUCAGCGCAUGGACGCACAACAGUUGUGGACAGUUGUAAAUACCCAUCCUGCCCCCAGCCCAGCCCGGGGACCCAGCA